ACGAUAUGUGCCAUCAAAAAAAGGCAUACAUCAAAGCGCACAGUUAAAUUAUCCCCCUUUUUAUUUACCGUUUGAACGGCUUACGUAGUUUAUCUCUAAUUUUUGUUCACCCCCCCACGCGCGCAAACAUUUGCUGACAGUGUUGUGCUGAUACGAUACAUACAUAUGCUUAUUAUAUGCGCAUAGGCCGAAUGGGCUUUCUCUGCACCUUUUGAAAACUUUUAAACCGUACCUUUCUUCUGGCCCAACAUUCCUUUUUCAGUUCGUACAACCUUGCUUUAGCCAGCUUCGCCCACUCGGAUGGCGGAAGAUCAAUUUGGCUGGGUUCGUAGGGAAACAUCGCGGCUCCUUUGACGCGAACGCGCACGCAUGUAUUUAUGAGCCUGUCGAAUGAAUAUAUUUACGUGAGAGCAAAAAUGCAGCGCCAAAAAGUGAACACGCGUUUGAACAUGUGCACAUAUGUACAUGCCUUUUUGUACAUGCCUAUUUGUACAUGCGAAAGGCUCUCCUGCUUUGUGACGAGUUGCCCCUCAAAUCCCAUCAACUGUGACACUUAAAUAAGCAUUUUUAAAAAUCACACCGCUGGGAAAAGAGCCAAUUAUUAAAGGCAGCAUUUCGCGCGUUCCAAAUUGAGUAAAAAAAAAAAAAAAAAAAUGCUCCCAUCCACACAUGCUGAGAGACACUUUUACACACACGCAUAAGUACGCCUUAAUUAUGUCCAACCGAAAAUGAUGCAUUUCAAAAACAUAUCACCGUGUAGACGAUUAUGUCUGAAAAGCAAAAUAACUGUUAACAUUUGCAGUAAAAUGAAUAUGCAUUUCUUAAAUUAUGUUGUCUCUUUAAACAAAUGUCUUGCAACGAAAACCGCCAACCGCAUACUUUUUUCGACAUCAAAAAAUGCGGAUUACGUGAAUUACGUAAACGAAAUAAAUAAUUUCAUUGACGCGUUUCAAAAAAAUUCUGACGACUCUUCAUCCAGUGGGGAAAAUAUCCUUUCCAUAUUGCAAAAAAUUAAGAAUGAAAAAAAAUAUGAACAAAAUGAAGAUCUCAUGGAAAUUAUAAGUAGCAUAAAGCUGCUCAUAGAGAAAAGGGUUCGCCCAGUAAUCGUGAAUGACGGAGGAGAUAUCAAAUUCAUUUGUUUCGACAUAGAUGAUGGCAUAGUUUACGUACAACUGGAGGGCGCGUGCGUCACAUGCUCGCAAAGUGAAAUAACGCUGCAGUACAUGAUUAAGAAUAUGCUCACAUACUACAUAUCCGAAAUUAAGGAAAUUAAAAAUGUGUCAAAAAAUGGAAUUAUUCUUUAAUGUGCGAAAAAAGGAAAGCCACACAGGGAAAGAUAGGACCAUUUGAGUUUCACGAAAGACCGAAUUUUUCGAAGGAUGGAAGUUUAAAAUAGAGCGUGACUGCAAAGGUUGCGCACGAAAGAGCCCAAGGCAUGUUUUUUUUAAAUGAAGACGCAUACGGCAUUACCACGUUAAGUAGUCUUUAACUGUAAAAAGGACGCUCAGUUAAAAUACCGCCAUGGAAGGUAAAGGACUCCCAUGUCCCGUGAACGAAGGCUAUCACAUUCGAAUAAGAAAAAGGGAAAGAAAUAAAUGUAACGCCAUUUUGUUUGUCUCACUGGUGAAAGAAUCCCAUAUUUAUAUCUUCAAAAUGUAAGUCGAAUGGAAUGCGCACACCUUUUUAAACCAAAUUAAAAGUCAAGAUGAUUUAACAUCAAAAGUAUUGUAAAAAAAACGCGUAAUUUUAUUUUUCCGUUUGUUUUUUUUAAACAUGUUCGCAAAAUGCGACAUCUUUUAUGUAUGUGCCAAAAAAUGAAGUGAACUUUUUGUAGGCAACAAUAUACGCACGUAACCCUGUCUACAACGGUAUUAUCACUUAUUAAACAUGUUUGGCAUAAUUGGCAUAAGAAUUUUUUCACCUUUUUCCCCAUUUGUUUGUAAAUUAAUUUGUUACUUGUUUUAUUUUUUUUAAUUCCUACACAUAACGUUUUUCUGAAUGAAGCAAAAACGUAACCUCAUUUUCGUUUAUGUAAAAAAUUAUGAACAGUUCAUAUUUUUUUUUUUUUUUUUAAACCCAUUCCUGCACACACCACGGGAAGUGACUAAACCAGAAAUUUCAAUUAAAUGAAAAAACGCUAAAUUUUUAAACAUACUUAUGUGUAUAUU